AUGAUUGCCUAAUAGAAUUCACUUGAGGGCUCAGCAUACUCGCCCUUGAAUAGUGAAGGUGGCAACUACUAUGAGGAGUUUGAGAAACCUAGGAUAGUGAAACAAAAAGCCUUCUGCCAAACGAAUAUUCUUCUUAGGCCCUAUUCACUUAUGAUUAGGAAGCACACAGUAAUAGACGAGAAAGAUCCUUUUAUCCUCUAUGCAAUAGAAAUAGAAUCUGAGUUCUCGAAGUACAUAGUGCUUAAGUAGUUCAAAAAUUUCAUCAAGCUGCAAUAAGAUUUGGUUAAACUAAAGGAUUGUACUGUUGAAAUGUGUCCUCGAAUUGGAUCACUUGGGGCUGAAUGUGUCUCCUUAGAAAAACUUAUCCCAAAACUGCCAUCAUCUUUUAUAGGAUUGCUUUUCAAGUCAAUGCCAACAAACUAAAAUAUACACCUAAUCGAACUUAUAGCGAAAGCCAGUUACGUUUAAUUAGGAUAAAGCCAAAUAGAUGAUGAAUUAGAGGAAGCACAGGUUACUCUAACUAAAACUCACCAUACCUAAGUGAAUGAUUAUUUGAAGUAUGAUAAGAGACCGAAAACAUUAAGAAAAAUAAGAUAAAGAAUCUCUUUCUCAAGUAUGUUUAUCAGUAAAGAGGAUACUAAGGGCAUGUCCUCUAGAUUCCUACAGCAAUUAUAAUAUUCAUUCUUGGUCAUCUAACUCCAUAGGAAAAGUAUUAGACUAGCUAGCUUUAGGUCAAGUCAACUUAUAGUUCUUGGCUUGAAGUUCUGCCCAUAGAUAUCUGGUGAGACUCUUGGCUUGAUAGCAGAAUGGGCAAAUCCAUUUUAUCUUAAGGAACUUUACCUGGAUGGCUGCGAUAAAAUAAAUGAUUAGGCUAUGAUGAAUCUGGUUAAGAAAAGAGUGAAUAAUUAGUUCAGAAUGCCCGAUAUUUCAGACUAGUUUGACUAGAAUGCUAAUCAUGUAGCUAAGACUUAUUCAUCAAUUAUUGAUUCCGCAGAUGGAAUGAGGAGAAUCACUGAGGAAGUAUCUUAGGGAGGUGCCUAUGGAUUGCAUGUGAUAUCCCUUGCUGAGUGUAAAAAUAUCAAUGAUGCUGGAAUAAAUCAUCUUAAGAACUUGAGGUAUCUCCACAAAGUAAUUCUGCUUGGCUGUUUUAAUGUGAAAGACGACGGAGUACAUGAACUGGCAACGAACCUAAAAUAUCUUGAAGACAUAGACAUAAGUGGAACUUCCAUAACUUUAGUAUCUCUCAGCUGCAAGAAGCUUAAUGCUUCAGACGACAAAAUACUUUUGAAACAUAAGAUCAAUGUAGAAGGUGGAGACGACGUCUUUAGAUUUUAUUUGCUUCCAGAGAUAUACAGUGAUCUUCCCAAAAUUACUACAAGCGUUUUAAAGACUAGAGCUACCUUGAGUGUUCACAAAGUCUACAGAUACCUUUUAAAGAAGUUGUAUAUGGAUAGAGCUAUUGAAGAAAUGCCUGAAGAUACUUUAGCAGACUCAUAGGUAGAGAUACUUUGCAACAACAAGAUAAUGAAUCCCUAACUGUAACUGAAGUUCGUAAGAGAGAAUUAUUGGAAUAAUGAGCAGUAAAUUCUAGUGUUGCAUUAUAGAAAGAAGGAAACUAAUAGCAGCUAGAGCAAUAAUUUGAAAGCUCUAGAUAGUGCUAGGAGUGUUGAUUAUUAGCCCCAGAAGCCUCCUCUAUGGGUGCCAGAUCACUUGGCACUGAAUUGCUUAAAUUGUGACAGGGAAUUCACUUUAUUCAGAAGAAUACAUCACUGCAGGAACUGUGGCAAAUGCUUUUGCAAUGAAUGUAGCAAGAAUUGGAUGCCUAUUGAGAAAUUCGGGUACUACUCGCCUGUGAGGAUGUGCUCUAGAUGUAAGGUUGAUAUUUUGAGUGAAAAACUUGCAAACUUUAAGUAUCAAUAAUGCCUAACUGAGGAAAGCAACUAGUAUAAUACUUAAAAUGCUAAUCAUAUUGAUAGGAAUAAUAUGAUAAACACAAACAUUAAUAAUAUGGAUUCGUGA